CGACGAGCUCCGAGCGGCGGCGCCGAGGCGCAGUCAUGGCGGCCGCCUGCGCCGCGGCCGCGGGGAAGAGCGAGGAUCCGGCGCCGGAGGCCGCGGCGCUGGCCGCCGCCCGGGAGCGGAGCAGCCGCUUCUUGAGCGGCCUGGAGCUGGUGAAGCAGGGCGCCGAGGCGCGCGUGUUCCGCGGCCGCUUCCAGGGCCGCGCGGCCGUGGUGAAGCACCGCUUCCCCAAGGGCUACCGGCACCCGGCGCUGGAAGCGCGGCUCGGCCGGCGGCGGACGGUGCAGGAGGCCCGGGCGCUGCUCCGCUGCCGCCGCGCAGGGAUAUCCGCCCCCGUUGUCUUUUUCGUAGACUAUGCCUCCAACUGCUUAUACAUGGAAGAGAUUGAAGGUUCAGUGACUGUUCGAGAUUAUAUUCAAUCCACUAUGGAGACCGAAAAAACUCCCCAAAGUCUCCUCGGCUUAGCCAAGACGGUUGGGCAGGUUUUGGCUCGAAUGCACGACGAAGACCUGAUUCAUGGUGAUCUUACCACCUCGAACAUGCUGCUGAAACCCCCCGUGGGACAGCUGAACAUCGUGCUCAUAGACUUUGGGCUGAGUUUCAUUUCUGCACUUCCAGAAGAUAAAGGAGUCGACCUCUACGUGCUGGAGAAAGCCUUCCUCAGUACCCACCCCAAUACCGAGGCUGUGUUCGAAGCCUUUCUGAAGAGCUACUCCACCUUCUCCAAAAAGUCCAGGCCGGUGCUAAAAAAGUUAGAUGAAGUGCGCCUGAGAGGAAGAAAGAGGUCCAUGGUCGGGUAGAAGAGUCUGACAAGUAGUGACGUGCUGGCCAUUUGCGUCAAAGGGAAUUUGAAGGAAGGCUCCGAAUAUGAGAUUAGACCUAAAUAAAGGCAUUGAGAUCCUUUUGA